AUGGUCCGCUGCGCAGGCCCCACGAAGCCCGCCCUCCUGCUGCUCUGCUGCCUGGGAACCUGGCUGUCGGCCCAUGCACUGUCCCUCCCCACCCUCCCACCGGAGGAUCUGAGGCAGAUCCUCCGGGAUCUACAGAGGUGCUCAGGGAAGCUUCUGAGUGACUACAAGAAUGAAGUGAAGUUACCAUGGGAAAUGAAUACACAGAAAAAGUACGAGCUGCCCUGUUUCACCCCUGGCUUUGAGGCAGCAAACAACAUCUCCGUUAUCCUGGCACAUUUGAAACAGAUUAUGAAGUGCAAGGGUUCAGGAUUAAACAAUGGAGAUAUGAGCUACACCAUACAACAGCUGGAAAAACUCAGAUACGGAGAUACCCUGGAGCCACAGGUACCCACCUGUAACGAUACCAAACCCUUUGACUAUAAGACCUACAUCCUGGAGACCUUAGAACAGUUUUCACUCUGCAUGGAGAACAUUCCCGGGCACUCCAGGAAGGGAUGGAAAACCCGAUCAAAACUGCCAUGCAAUCCGAGAUAA